GAGGAGAUGAGCAGCUGCAUGGCCCUCUCGCGAGGAGCGGGAGGCACAGAGAGCAUGCCUGUAUUUAAGGGUAGGUUAAAGGUGCUUUUCUUACCGCUUUUUAUGCCUCUCCCAAGGGAGAAAGGCAUAACAAGCGGGGUAAGCGAGCACCAAAAGCCUACCUCUAAUGUAUCGAGAAAAAAGAGGAAAGCACCAAGAUACUACGGAUUUUCGGUGCAGCAUUGUGUUCCUGAUUUCGGAGUCUUUUGGAGGCGAUUCUACGAUGACAAAAGCAAUGUGUAUACGAAGAAUACGCAUAUGAAUUUCCCGAGCGAGCAUCAUGUUACCUGUUUGCACAAGCAGGAUAUCAGCAGCUUUCUUUCAUUUUGUG